AUGUGGCACUCCACUCUCGUUCACCUUCUUCUCUUUGCGUGCGUCGGUUCGGUCCACAGCCACCCGCUCGCUUCGUUGAGCGAUAGUGCUGGUUCCUCAAAGCCUGGCCAAAACCUUGUUGAUCUUUACAACGUUUGCCCCGUGCUCGUGAAGUUUACCGAGGAACAGGAACUCCUCUCCGAAAGGGAGUUGAAUGCUAAAGCCGCCGAUGCAGCAAUGACGGCGUACCUCUUGAGUCACCCGAAAAAGACACUCUGGGACUAUUUCCGAAUCGAGUGGGAUCAGAAGAGCGCGAUGUUCAAGAACUUGCCGUUGUCAGAGAAAGUCAAGAAAGUACUCAAGGACUCGGUGGACUUCGUGUCGGACACCACCAUUCUGGUCGUGCAGAUGAUUGCAGACGCGGUCGAGUGGAUCAUUCACACUCUUCAUCACCCUCGUGUCGGCAUGCGCCAAGUCUCCGAGUUUUUCCACAAGUUUGGCCAGAACGUCAUGACCAUGCACGGGUUAUUGAUGAAAGAGCCGAAACGCACGUUCAAAAACGUUGUUGGCGGCACAUUCCUGUUCAUUCGGCACCACCCAUCCGAAUUCACUUCAAAUGCCAUUGUACUACUGGGUUCUGGAUUCGCCUCAAUGCAUGGGCUGCUGAUGGGUGUUUACGCUGUCUUUGGAAGUUUUGGUGUCAUCGUCUCCAAUGUGCUGAUGGGGAUGAUGCUCUUCAUGCACAUGAUCGAUAUUCCGGUCCUGCUCAUCACUCCGUUCAUCUCCUCGUUCGCGAAAACGGCUCAAAUCCUGUCUGGGAAAAUGAAUAAUGCUACGUCAAAUAGCACGGGGCUGAGCUUCAAUACCGUCCAGCCUACCGAUGCGUGCUUGAUUCCCGUGCAAUAUCGUCCAACAUUUUCGCCGCGUGACAUGUGUCUAGGCACGUCCCCGGAAGUUCGAAUGCUGCUCUUCGGUACGGCAAAGCGAUCCAUAGACAUGGAUGAUAACGAACGCGUCUACGCCUUCAACCACUUUCAUGACUUUGUGUGCUGCUACCUCACGGACCAGGAGUUUGAGGUGAAUGUUCCAAACGCCACUGCCAUCGAUUUUGAAGCGACGCUUGUCCCUAUGCCAGUGAAGAUGACCGAUUGCGACAAGCUUCUCGGUGUUCACAACGCUAAAACGGCGUGGCGGGCCGCUCCUCGGUCUGACAAUGGGGAGGAACUGUGA